UUUUGCUUUCAGACUAUGUACAUACUACAAAGUCUUCAAGUGGACUAAAAAUAGAAACGGAAAAAGCUUUCACACUUUGGAUUCUUUAAUCAUUUUGGUUCUGUUUCUUUUUCUUAUUCUUUUGAGUCUUAUAUUUUAUCCUCCCAUAUUUGCUGUCAAGCCUUUAAGAAAGUGUCUAUAUUAUUUUACUUGCUCAUCUCCAUGGUUUAAGAAUCUUGUUUUGAAUCUAUAUGAAACUCGUUGACUCUACAAAAUCCUCAUGUGCUAAGUUCCAAGGUUAUGUUCUUGUGAGCACUCUGUAACUAUAUUUUGAAAAAUGGGGGAUACAUAUGAGAACCAACCUCCUGAGAAGCUUCAGGGGAAGUAUCAAGCUAUGGUUGUUUGCUGUAUUCUCGGAAUUGGAUCCCUCGUCGCUUGGAACAGUAUGCUAACUAUAGCAGAUUACUAUUACCAAGUCUUCCCGGAUUAUCAUCCUUCAAGAGUACUCACACUUGUUUACCAACCAUUUGCGCUUGGAACAAUCGUGAUUCUCACAUACCACGAAUCAAAAAUGAAUACUCGAAAACGUAACCUGAUCGGUUACACUCUAUUCACAAUAUCCACAUUCUUGCUCAUAGUCUUGGAUUUGGCAACAAAAGGACGUGGUGGAGUCGGACCAUAUAUCGGUUUAUGCGCAGUCGUUGCUUCUUUUGGCCUCGCGGAUGCUACCGUUCAAGGAGGAAUGAUCGGUGAUUUAUCAUUGAUGUGCCCUGAACUAGUUCAGUCAUUCAUGGUGGGUUUGGCUGUAGCGGGUGCGCUAACAUCAGCGCUAAGGCUAACAACUAAAGCAGCUUUCGAGAAAUCAAACGACGGUCUACGAAAAGGAGCAAUGAUAUUCUUAGCAAUCUCAACAUUCAUAGAGUUACUCUGCGUGUUGUUAUACGCGUACGUGUUCCCGAAACUCCCCAUUGUUAAGUAUUACCGGAGAAAAGCCGCUUCUGAAGGUUCCAAAACUGUUUCAGCAGAUCUUGCUGCUGCUGGUAUCCAAAAUCCAUCAGAUUUGGUAACUUCAGAGAAUCUAUCUUUCUUAACUUUUUUGCUUUUUAAAAAAUAUUAUUCACUCCUAAACAGUCUUAAGCUUCUUGAUUCCAUGCAGACUGAUGAUGAUUCCAAGAAUCAAAGACUAAGCAACAAAGAGUUGUUGCUUCAAAACAUAGAUUAUGCAGUGAAUCUGUUUCUCAUCUACGUAUGUACGUUAUCCAUUUUUCCCGGGUUCUUAUAUGAGAACACUGGAAAACAUGGGCUAGGAGAUUGGUACGCGCUUGUCCUGGUAGCAAUGUACAAUUGUUGGGAUCUGGUUGGAAGGUACACGCCGCUGUUGAAAUGGCUCAAGUUUGAGAACAGGAAAUUGAUCACAAUUGCGGUUUUAUCGCGUUACUUACUCAUUCCCGCGUUCUACUUCACUGCAAAAUAUGGUGAUCAAGGAUAUAUGAUUAUGCUAAUUUCUGUUUUGGGAUUGACUAAUGGACAUCUCACUGUUUGCAUUAUGACUAUAGCUCCUAAAGGCUACAAGGGUCCGGAGCAGAAUGCGUUAGGAAACUUGUUGGUGAUCUUUCUGUUAGGAGGGAUAUUUGCAGGAGUGGCUUUGGAUUGGUUAUGGCUUAUUGGUAAGAAGGAUGCCUUUUGAGUACUAAUCACUCCAAAACCAUUGAUUCACUUUUACUUAAUCUGCUUUGUCUUUAUUAUUCUUUGCAUUGUAACCUCUUUAAGUGUUCUUAUCCACAAAAACAGAGGAUAUGUAAUUACAUUUGCUAUAGACCAUAAAGCGUUUAAGAGUGAUUGUUUCUUAUCACUGA